GUAUUGUUCCUGUUCUCUUUCUUAAGUCAUUUGAAACACUGUCCCUGCGAGUUCUUUAAGUUCCCUGCAGUCUGCACACGAGAAAAAGAGGGAGAGAGAGGGAGAGGCACAGAGAGAGCAGGGGACCAGGUAAAGCUCGGGGGCUGCUGCAGCCACUCAGACUCAGGAGCUGGCCUCACUUAAACCUCAUUCUCUGAUGGCGGCUGAUCGUAAGUGGGAGAAUGAGAUAACCAGACGAGCACCACCACCUUCAAUGGCAGCAUUCAUGGAGGAGUCACUAUCACGUGUGGGGCCUGCUGAGAACUCUACAGACAUCCUUCCACUUAAUCCUCCCAUUCUAAGAAGAACAUUGCCAAGGAUGCAGAAGGAAAUGAAGAUGAUCAAAGAUGAGGAUGCGCAUUUCAACCUGGGUGUGAAGAGGGCCCCCCCUUUCCCCCACUGCCUGCAGCCAGUGGUUUCCCGGGGCAAAGCUCCCCAAAGACACCCCUUCCCAGAAGCUCUCAGGGGGCCUUUCUCCCAGUUCCGGUACGAACCUCCUCCCGGAGACCUGGAUGGCUUCCCGGGGGUCUUUGAAGGAGGAGGGUCCCGGAAACGCAAGAGCGUGCCCACCAAGAUGCCCUACACCCACCCCUCUGAGGAAGCCGCCCUGGGCCUCCACUCCGAGGAGAGCAAACUCCAUGGCCACCCGAACUUCCCUCUGCUGUUCCCGCAGCCCCCGCGCCCCAAAUACGACUCGCAGAUGAUCGACCUGUGCAACGUGGGCUUCCAGUUCUACCGCAGCCUGGAGCCCCUGGGCGGCAAGCGCGUCAAGCAGGAGCCGGUGAAGCCCAGCGCCAUGUGGCCCCAGCCGGCGCCCGCGCCCUUCCUGCCCACGCCCUACCCCUACUACCCCAAGGUGCCCCCGGGCCUCCUGUUCCCCUUCUUCGUGCCCGCAGCCUCCCCGUUCCCCUUCAGCCGGCACGCCUUCCUGCCCAAGCAGCCCCCCGACCCGCUGCUGCCCCGCAAGGCGGAGCCCCCGGAGGGCGAGGAGGCCAAGCAGAAGGUGGAGCGGAUGGACGUGAACGUGCAGAUCGACGACAGCUACUACGUGGACGUGGGCGGGGCGCAGAAGCGCUGGCAGUGCCCCACCUGCGAGAAGUCCUACACGUCCAAGUACAACCUGGUCACGCACAUCCUGGGCCACAGCGGGAUCAAGCCGCACGCGUGCACCCGCUGCGGGAAGCUCUUCAAGCAGCUCAGCCACCUGCACACGCACAUGCUCACGCACCAGGGCACGCGGCCCCACAAGUGCCAGGUGUGCCACAAGGCCUUCACCCAGACCAGCCACCUGAAGCGCCACAUGAUGCAGCACAGCGAGGUGAAGCCGCACAACUGCCGCGUGUGCGGCCGGGGCUUCGCCUACCCCAGCGAGCUCAAGGCCCACGAGGCCAAGCACGCCAACGGGCGCGAGAACAUCUGCGUGGAGUGCGGCCUCGACUUCCCCACCCUGGCGCAGCUGAAGCGGCACCUCACCACGCACCGCGGGCCCAUCCAGUACAACUGCUCCGAGUGCGACAAGACCUUCCAGUACCCGAGCCAGCUGCAGAACCACAUGAUGAAGCACAAGGACAUCCGGCCCUACAUCUGCUCCGAGUGUGGCAUGGAGUUCGUGCAGCCCCACCACCUGAAGCAACACUCGCUCACCCACAAGGGUGUGAAGGAGCACAAGUGUGGGAUUUGCGGGCGGGAGUUCACUCUGUUGGCCAACAUGAAGAGACACGUGCUGAUCCACACCAACAUCCGCGCCUACCAGUGUCACCUCUGUUACAAGAGUUUUGUGCAGAAACAGACCCUCAAGGCACACAUGAUCGUCCACUCUGACGUGAAGCCUUUCAAAUGCAAGCUGUGCGGGAAGGAGUUCAACCGGAUGCACAACCUGAUGGGCCACAUGCACCUGCACUCUGACAGCAAACCCUUCAAGUGCCUCUACUGCCCCAGCAAAUUCACCCUGAAGGGGAACCUGACGCGCCACAUGAAAGUCAAGCACGGUGUCAUGGAGCGGGGCCUCCAUUCUCAAGGUUUUGGAAGGGGGAGACUCGCCCUGGCGCAGGCGGGGGUCCUGAGGAGUCUGGAGCAGGAGGAGCCCUUCGACCUGUCCCAGAAGCGCCGGGCCUUCCAGUCUGACGGGGAGAGCGCCAGGGGCAGCUCCUGCCAGGAAGAGGAGGAUGAGGACCACUGCUGCGAGGUGGAGCGGGACAGCCCAGGCCCGGCCCCGCGGAGCAGGCAGCGCUGCGUGCCCCAGGAUCUCUCCACCAAGCCUGAGCCAGCCCCCCGGGCGCCCCAGGAAGCCUGCGAGGAGGAAGAAGAGAAGGAGGAGGAGGAGGAGGAGGAGGAAGAGGAGGAGGAAGAAGAGGAGGAGGAGGCCGUGCAGAAGGAAGGACGCCAGGAGAAGAGCAAGGACAGCCAUGGGGCAGAGGGCGGCCAGGAGAGAGAUGGCGCCCGCAGAGAGGAGUGUCCCAGCCUCAGGGCGCUGCAGAGCGCGCGGCGGGGGGCCUCCUUUUCUGAUUACUUGUACUUCAAGCACAGAGAUGAGAGUUUAAAAGAAUUACUGGAGAGGAAAAUGGAAAAACAAGCAGUGCUUUUAGGUAUCUAAGUGGAGAGCUUUAGAAUUACACUUGGAAAAUGAGAAGCAGGCAGUUCAAAUAUAGCUUUCUGCAUGAGCUGCCAUUCGCUGGCGACUGGCGACUGGCGACUGGCUCGCAUCUUCACAGAUGGCUCAGACUCCAUGAGCAGGGGCGUCCUCAGCCAGGGAAAUGCUUCUCGGGUCAUUCCGGGUCCUUGAUUUUUAACGCACAGGCAGGUCUCUCCGGUGUUAUUUCUGCCUCUCCAAUGCCAGACGCUGUGCACAUUCUUCUAGGCAUCUGAUUGUAGGCCGAUGCUGAGGUGCUUAUAGAAAUCCUACUUUUCUUCGACUAAUAUACAAUACAAGGUAAAUUUCUUUCAAGUGGCAAAACUAUGGUGCUUGACAUGUUUCCUAAUUAAUGACUGUUUAGUUGAAUGUGUGAAAGUUACAAUAUUUUUCCAGAUAGAUGAAAAUAUGAGUAGUUGUAUAUAUAAAAGUUGCCUUUAUUAAAAAACAAACAAACGAACAAAAAAACAAAAAUACCAGAAAUGACACAGGAGUUAUUGAAAAGGAGUGUUCUCAUAUAGUCAUUGCA